AUGGGUAUCGAUCAAGCCGGCGGGAAAAUGGAGGGGUGGCUUUAUCUCAUUCGGUUCAAUCGAUUUGGCUUGCAAUACUCGCGGAAGAGAUAUUUCAUUCUCGAAGAUAACUGCCUGAAGAACUUCAAAUCGAAACCCAUGUCAGACAAGGAGGAACCAAUUAGAAGUGCACUGAUUGACUCCUGUAUUCGAGUCACAGACAAUGGAAGAGAGAGCUUUCAUAGAAAAGUGUUCUUCAUCUUCACAGUUUAUAAUAUUUCUGAUCACAAUGAUCAACUGAAGUUUGGAGCAAGCCGUCCUGAAGAGGCAGCUCGAUGGAUCCGUUCUUUACAAGAUGCUGCAGUAAGGCCGCAAAAGAAUUUAGCAUCUUGUUCUAGAAAAUGGCAGCCUUUUAGAUUGACUGUUUCAAAAAGGACAUCCCGUAAACAUUCUGUAGACUGGACUUCUACAUCAUCCAUGCGUAUGGAUGCAAUGACAUCUGAUGUAAUUGCACCUUCACCAUGGAAAAUUUUUGGUUGCCAAAAUGGGCUGAGAUUGUUCAAAGAAGCAAGAGAUGGGGAUUUUUCUGGGAAGGAUUUGGAUGAUCAUCCAGCGAUAAUGGCGGUUGGCGUGGUUGACGGAUCUUCAGAAGCAGUUUUCAGUACUCUUAUGUCUCUUGGUUCUUCAAGAUCAGAAUGGGACUUCUGUUUCCACCAUGCCAGUGUGGUUGAGCACCUUGAUGGUCAUACAGAUAUUAUACACGAGAAUCUAUCCAUCCAUUGGCUGCCAUGGGGGAUGAAAAGAAGAGAUCUACUUGUACGACGCUAUUGGAGAAGGGAGGAUGAUGGCACAUAUGUAAUUCUAUUCCAUUCUGUGUACCACAGAAAGUGCCCACCACAGGAUAGAUAUGUCCGUGCUUGUGUUAAAAGUCUAUGUGCUACUUACAAGAUUGUUGUUAGUUUUCAAGCACCAAUAAGGUGCAGGAUAUGUCAUCACUCCUGUGAACCAAGGAAAGGUUCAGUUGUAAAGCACAUGCUAGCUGUUGAUUGGAAGUUCUGGAAAUCCUAUAUAAGAAGAGUUUCUGCAAGGUCCAUAACCAUUCGAAUGCUAGGGAGAGUUGCAGCACUGAGGGAGCUAUUUAAGGCAAAAGCAGGAAACGGCUCCUUUGAAUUCCCAUCUAUAGAACUGACAAGAGAUAUUGGGUUGCACCAGAGUGGACAUGAUAUAGAAACUGGAGUUAACAAUCUUCCUAUAGAGAAAGUGGAAGAGGAGACAGAAAAAGCAGUUUCUGGAUGUGCAAGUAUCCUGGGAUUAAAUGAUGCAGCUGAUGAAUUUUUUGAUGUGCCUGAACCAUCAGAUGAGGAACUAUUAGAGAAUGAUUGGUCGUCUGGUUUGAGUCCAGAGUUACAUUAUGCAGUACGUAAUUCAACUCAGCAAAAGCUUUUACCAACCACGUGGGGUAGGGCUCUACGGAUUGAACUCACUAGAAAACUGCAUUCAUCUCCUGACACAUCAUAUGACUUAUGUUUGCAGGAAGUGAACCAACCUAUACAGUGCUCAGCUGCCAGUUUUGUGAAGAAGUUACAUAAUCUUGCUGUUCAGAAGAAAGGUUACGUGGAGUUGCAGGAAGUGGUGGAGGAAAACAAUGUAUUGUGUUGCUAUGGGGCGACUCUUACAAAAGACCCAAGUUGUAAUUCGGCUUGCAGCUGGACAACUGCUGAUCCUUCAUCUUUUCUAAUUCGUGGAGCUAGUUAUCUUCAGGAUCGUCAAAGGCACAGAAUUAUUCAUUCUGUUAAUGUGACUUCCAAUCCUUUUAUCAUUCUAAACAAUUCUAGUUCCUCUAACCAGAUUAAAGCAAAAAGCACCUUAAUGCAAUUGGUAGCUGCUGAUUGGCUGAAAUCUGAUAAACGUGAAGAUGAUAUCAGCAGUCGACCGGGAGGCAUAGUACAGAAAUAUGCAGCCCAAGGUGGACAUCAGUUCUUCUUCGUUGUUAACAUACAGGUUCCCGGUACAACUACAUAUGGUCUGGUUCUGUAUUUCAUGACAGAAUCUCCUUUGGAAGAAAAUCCUUUACUGGAGCACUUUGUCAAUGGAGAUGAUGCCCAUAGGAAUUCACGAUUUAAGCUUAUACCCUACAUUUCCAAGCUAGAGGUUGAUGUUGGAUCAUCACAAGUGGCAAGAGGCGUAUGCAAUCUUGUUCUUGGCUACCUCAACAACCUAGUUAUAGAAUUGGCAUUUCUGAUACAGGCCAACACAGAAGAAGAGCUCCCAGAAUGUCUCCUUGGAACAUGUCGACUUAAUCAUCUAGAUGCCUCCAAAGCGGUUGUAGUAACACUCUGA